AAGUCGAAAGACCCAAAAUGUCAAAUAUAAGGCAACAAAAAUUCAAAGGACCAAUUCCAAAAUUUUCCUACAUUUUCUGAACAAAAGAAAGAAACCCAUCUGGCAAUCACCAACUGGCUCUUCAUUCUUCAACCCCAAUUUGGCAUUUUUCCCUCUCUCUCUCUCUCUCUCUCUCUCUCUCUCCAUAGAUCCUCUUCUGAUCAUUCUUGAGAAACAGAAACAGAAAAUCAAGAUAAUUUUUAACUGUUUUGAUUUCUGUUUUUGUGUGUCAAUCUUAAUAUUAAAAAUCCGACAACAAAGAACACCUCAAGUUUCAACAUUUGUAUAAAAACAAUGCCUUCUCCAAAUCCAAUCCUCCCUUUAACUGUCAAACAAUCUUCGAAAGGAUUAAAACCCAAUUCUUAUUUUGACCAACCAUCACCUCCCUCUCCAGCAGCAACCACAGCAAUGUUGCUAAAACAAGAAAUUCUCAAUUUUGAUGACCCAACUGCCAGAUUUUUAAUUGAUGAAGAAACUAGCAUUUCAAGUAAGCCUCUGUUGUCAAGAACCUCUAGUUUUGCAGGUACUACGACUAUCACUACUACUAGUAGUUCUUCUGUCAAUUCUUAUCAUCAACAGAGACGACGACGUAUUGCUAGUGAAAGCUCCAUUCCUUCCCUUUUUGAUGAUAUUACAGGCAGUCCACGCGCCCAAUCUAUUAGUCAAGAAGUGGGUCACGCUGCUGCUGAGACUUUUCUUGUUACUAGAUUGAGUUUGAAGCUUUUAACAUUUCUUGGGGUAGGCUACAAAUGGAUAUUGAGGUUUAUGGCCCUUGGUUGCUACUCUGUGAUGCUUCUUCCAGGUUUUAUUCAAGUUGGAUAUUACUAUUUCUUCUCCAAACAGGUUCUGAGAAGUAUAGUUUAUGGCGAUCAACCGAGAAAUAGGCUUGAUCUGUAUUUACCCAAAAACAAUGAUGGGCCAAAGCCAGUUGUUGCAUUUAUAACUGGAGGAGCCUGGAUUAUCGGAUAUAAAGCAUGGGGUUCUCUUUUAGGGAAACAGUUGUCAGAGAGAGAUAUCAUAGUAGCCUGCAUAGAUUACAGAAAUUUCCCUCAGGCAACCAUGAGCGACAUGGUGAGGGAUGCUUCUCAAGGCAUCUCUUUUGUGUGCAACAACAUUGCACAAUAUGGAGGUGAUCCUAACAGGAUUUACUUAAUGGGACAGUCGGCUGGUGCACACAUUGCUGCUUGUUCUCUGGUAGACCAGGCAAUCAAGGAGGCCAGUGAAAGAGAAAGCACCACCUGGAGUGUCUCCCAGAUUAAGGCUUAUUUUGGUCUAUCUGGAGGGUACAAUUUGUUUAACCUUGUAGAUUACUUCCACAGUCGUGGUUUGUACCGUUCCGUCUUUCUAAGCAUAAUGGAAGGAGAAGAAUCUUUGCAAAGAUUUUCUCCCGAAGUAAUUGUACAGGAUCCCAACCUGAAAGAUGCAGUCUCACUCCUUCCUCCUAUUAUUCUUUUCCAUGGUACUGCAGAUUAUUCUAUUCCAGCAGAUGCCAGUAAGAAUUUUGCUGAAACUCUUCAAAGAGUUGGAGUUAGGGCUGAAUCGAUUUUAUAUGAAGGGAAGACUCAUACAGAUGUUUUUCUUCAGGAUCCAAUGAGAGGGGGCAAAGAUCAGAUGUUUGAAGAUUUAGUUGCAAUUGUUCAUGCUAAUGAUCCAGAAGCUCAGGCCAAAGAUGCGGUUGCUCCUCCAAGAAGACGCCUCGUACCUGAAUUCAUGAUACAGGUGGCUCGAAAAGUUAGCCCCUUCUAACAAUUCCCAGACACUCCACCACUAACCACUAAACCACCUAAGUUCUUGUUUAUUCUUUCUACUGAUGUGCAUAUCAUUAAUGGAAGUAGAUCAUUUCUUGUUACACUGCUCUUUGCCUUUUUCUUUUCCUGUAAUUUUCCCCUGUAGAUGAAAGGUCCUUUAUUUUGAUGGAGGAGCAUGUUGGUUUUGUAGGCAUCAAUUCUUGGUGCCUUCUCAUUAUCAAUGGAAAACGUGGCCUCUUUGAUUUC